UACACAUUGCUAUUUUGAGGUUAUUUGAAACGUUGUGCUGCCGUCGAUAUAAUGACAAAUAAAACUAUAUCUUAAUUUAAAUUAUCUAAAAUUCAAAAUGGAUUUUAAAGCGGAUGUUCAGUAUAUUUCAGUUUCUUGUAAUAGGACGCCAGGAUGCUUAGACUGGGGCAAAAAUAAUAAAAUUUGUUAUGGAGCAUGCAAUUCUGUCGUCAUUUGUGAUCCACAAUAUAAUAAUAUUUGUUAUAACACUAAAACUCUAUAUAAACAUACAGGGCGCGUGAACUGUGUACGAUGGUUAGAAGGGGCUACAACAGAAUUUGAAGAAUUUGUUUCGGGCUCCUGUGAUCAAACAGCUAUAGUAUGGCAGUUAAAUGGCAAUAGCAUUAAUCAUACAUUCAUUCUAAAAGGUCAUAAUGGAUCUAUUAACGCAGUUGAUGCAUUGUAUAAAAAGGACUUAACAACUACAUAUGUUGUCACGGCAUCAGUGGAUUCGACUGUAAAGAUUUGGAAAAGAAACGAUUCUGCAGAUUUUACCUUACUAAAUGAUUUAAAAUUUAAUACUGCUCGUUGUUUAAGCAUUAAACUUGUUGAAAUGCCAAGUUCCGGUUGUGUUUUACUUGCAAUUGGAUUGGAUAAUGAUAAAAUUUAUAUAUAUUGUGAACAGGAAGUUGAUAAAACAAUAAAUUUUGUCAAAGUUGAAGAGUUGAUUGGACAUGAAGAUUGGAUUCGAGGAUUAGAUUUUACAAUAGAUACAAGUGGUGAUAUAUUUCUUGCCAGUUCAUCUCAAGAUACAUAUAUUAGAUUAUGGAAAAUAUUUAAAAGAAGUGAGAAUUAUUCUGAAAACAACCAAUAUGAUGAACUAGUGCAAGAAAGUCGUAUAUUUCAAAUACAUUCGAUGUUGUCGCAUGAAGUUUUAAAUUACUCUGUAGUUUUAGAAUCUGUUCUUUCAGGUCAUGAAAAUUGGGUUUAUGGUACUCAUUGGCAUCAGCAGAAUGAGAUGCAACUUCUAUCAUCAUCUAUGGAUAAAACUAUGAUUAUUUGGAAAUAUGAUUCUAACAUGGGCAUUUGGUUGGAAUCUGUAAGAGUUGGUGAAGUUGGUGGAAACAGCCUUGGCUUUUAUGGAGGGAAGUUCUCCCCAGAUGGUAAAAGUAUUAUUGGGCAUGGAUAUCAAGGGUCUUUACAUUUGUGGAAGUUGUGUGAGGAAACAAAUUCAUGGUUACCUUCUACCACUGUCGGGGGACACUAUGAUGAAGUUAUUGACAUUUCCUGGGAGCCUUCAGGAAAAUAUUUGCUCUCAACAAGUUGUGAUCAAACAACAAGACUUCAUGCUGAGUGGAAACGAAAAGGUUCUGAAAUACUAACAUGGCAUGAAAUGGGGAGACCUCAAGUGCAUGGUUAUGAUAUGUCUUGCGUAGCAUCGUUGUCAUGUUAUCACUUUGCUUCAGCAGCAGAAGAGAAAAUUAUUAGAUUAUUCCAAGCAACACACAAUUUUGUAGAGAAUUUUAGGAAUUUGACUUCACUCAGUCAUGAUCCUGAUGGCGAUAUUAUAUUGCAAACAUCUUCUAAAGGCGCAUCUGUUCCUUCUUUAGGCUUGUCCAAUAAGGCUGUGUAUGACGACAAGGAAGAAGUAGAAGAAAAGCAUGUUAAAGAUAUGUAUCCUGAAAAUUAUUUUGUUUCGCUUGCUCUACAAGAGCCACCUACUGAAGAUAAUCUGAUGCAAAACACAUUGUGGCCUGAAGUUCAAAAGCUGUAUGGUCAUGGUUAUGAAAUUUAUUGCAUUGCUUGUAGUAUUGAUAAUAAGAUUAUUGCAUCAGCUUGUAAAGCUAACAACACUGAACAUGCAUCAAUAAUUUUAUGGAAUGCCACCACAGGUGAACUAAUUCAAAAACUGCCUUCCCAUCAGCUCACAGUUACCCAAUUAGAAUUUUCUCCCAACAAUCAAUACUUACUUUCAGUUUCCAGAGAUAGGCGUUGGACUAUAUUUCAACGCUCAAAUGAUGAUUUAUUUCAUAGUAUAGCAACAACAAAUAAACAAAAUGGAAUACACUCUAGAAUUAUUUGGUGCUGUUGUUGGACUAGUGAUUCUGAAUAUUUUUUGACAGGAUCCAGAGAGGGAAAAGUUGUCAUGUGGGGUAAGCAACCGGAAACUAAAACAGACUCUACUUUGGGACCAUUUUCAUCUAUUGGCUCACCCAUAAACAUUGCAGACUCAGUAACAGCAAUCGCCGUUGCACCAAAACUAUUACCAAAUGGUAAUUAUUUACUGGCUAUUGGCACUGAGUCAGGAAAAAUUCACUUAUAUGAUUGCAGCAUUAGCAAAUUAAAAAUGGAAAGUUUAUGUGUAAAUUUAUCAAUAAUGGAUGAAGAGUUAGCACAUCAUUUGACAGUCAAGAGAUUGAGGUUUAGACCAAAUUCUAAUGAUUGUUUGGCUAGCUGUGGUUCUGAUCAUGUCAUUAAAAUUUAUUCUUUUAACAUAAAAUAAAACAAAUUGUUUUAUUAUUUUAAUUUGUUCUUAUUUUUCAUAGAUUAAAAUAAUUGUUUUUUUUUAAUGUAACAAACAUAAAAGAUGUGAUAUUUUCACCUAAAGAGAAACAGAAUUUUUUGCACAAUAUAUACAUACAUAUAUUUAUACUACUUAUUAAUUUUAUUAUAAAAGCUUAUUUUAUGAUCAAA